CGGAUAGCUAUUUCGUGUGCGCCACCGCAAUUGGCACUCGGACGAUGUCUGCCCGCGCGCGCCAUGCGCUACGAUCGAAGCGAGAAUCAUCGCUAAUGAUCGGCGGUCUUGUCCUCUUGGCAGGACUUGGAAUGUACUCGCUGCCGUACGUGAUUGUCAAGGGAAAGCAAGGCCAGAACACAUUGUCCAAGGAAGGACCGUUGUCCGUGACUGAAGUGCGACGAGGAGCGUUUCUGAACUCGGGCUCGAAGGAUAUCGGCCCCGAUCCCGACUGGAACUUUGAAACAAACUCGUACCAAGGACGCCGCACAGCCUACCCGCAGCGACCACAACCUCCUCAGGAAACUUCAUAGCUCACUUGAGACUCCACGUCACCGUCCCGCAUUCUAAACAUUCCAAUUUGAGUCAGAAUUCUCGCU